AUACCGCAAACAACGCUGAAACACUCCCGUCCCGCACCGACGUCAGCGAAGGCGACGAGGGACCGGCGGUAAGACGACUCCGAACCUUCUAGAACUUUCCAAGCGCGAUGGAUCUCUGGGAGAGGGCUCGGUCCUUCGCCGGCGAGGCGGCCAAGCGGUCGCAGGAGCUGUCCUUGGAGGCGGCCAAGCGGUCGUCGGUGCUGGUGUCGGAGACGGCGAAGAAGUCCAAGGAGAUCUUCUCGGAGACCGCCACCAAGUCUCGCGAGAUCGCCGCGGAGGCAACGAAGCAGGCCGACCUCCUCGCCGGCCAGAUCAUGCACCUCGCAUCGGACAUCCCCGUCCCCUCCAUCCCACCAAUUCCCUCGAUCCCGCCCAUCCCCUCCGCGGCCGAGUCGGAGCCCGACGCCGCCGAGCUCGAGCGCUACGGCAUCACCGAAGACCUCCGCGAGUUCGUCAAGGGCAUGACCAUAAGCACCUUCCGCGACUUCCCCUUGCAAGAAGAGCCGGAGAUGUCGGAUGUGCCCACGGUGUCGAAUGUGCGUCAGGAUCUGAACGAAUGGCAGGCCAGGCACGCCACUCUCGUCCUCUCGGCCGUCAAGGAAAUUUCAAAGUUCAGAUAUGAGCUGUGCCCACGAUACAUGAAAGAGCGAAAAUUCUGGCGAAUUUAUUUUUUGCUAGUAAACAACUACAUAGCCCUUUACGAGACCAAGUAUUUUGAGGAGCUGAAAGUGAAAGCCGAGGAGGAAAAAAGGAUUUCCCAGCAGGAAGUAUCACAGACCUCACAGGCUACAACUUCAGAACAGACAGAGACGAAGGUGCAAAGCAAGACAUCCACUUCAUCAAAUCGAGAGCAUGAUCUGGAUGUUUUUCUUCUUGGAGAUCUGGGCAGUGAUGAUGAGGGCCCUGAUGGUGGCGAUGAAGGGCUAGAUGAUGACUUCGAUAAGAUAGAUGGUGCCUCAGGUUUAGAGAGCGAUGAAGACGAGAAGAAGUCAGCAACAGGCAAUUCAGAGACUGCGAAGGAGUAGCUUUGAUCCCAUGCGAUACUUUACCGUCUCUACACAGAUGGCGGUUAUGACGACGAAGGCACUAGUGCAUGGCUACCGAAUUCCAGCUGCCACUGUACAUUAGAUGUUUAAACCUUUGUGGUCUCCGGAUGAAGCAAUGUUAUUCUUCUUAUUGUGAUUUUUCAUUCUACGGAAGUCUAGAAAAGUGGUAUUCCUGCUCUCGCAUUUUUCUUCUUCUGUUUUCUAGGGCUGUUCUCUGUUCUGCCUGUGCUGUUAUUCUUGAGAGUUUGGUGAGCUAAAUUGAAACCAGAUUGACUUCCCAUGUGAAAUAAAAGUCUGUUUUUAUUCCA